AUGUCAUACGGAUUUCUUUUUUCUUUAAAUCUUAUCAUUUAUCUGAAAUAUAUCCCAUUUCAUGGCUCACUGGACAAAGAUUCAUCACCGCCUGUGCUUUCUCGUCAGAACUCAUCAUCAUCCUUGUCAAUAGACGAACUUAUCCAAAGCACUGGAUCCUUCGUUCCAAAACCAAUAAUCGUUGAGAGCGUUGAUGAGACGGACGUGCGUGUUUUGAAUACGGGUGAAAUCCUUUUCCGUGGAGAACCUCUUCCCGAUAAAGGUGCAACAAGAAAAAGCUCUACCAAGAGUUUGCCUAAAAAGGCAAGGAUGGCCGUCGUUGAUGAAGAAACGAAUAACAAGGAUGGGGAGAUGUCUGACGGUGACAUAAGCGAUGUUGUGAGCGAUGAAGAUCUCGAAAUGCAAGAGUUGAUAAGGCAGGAAAAGCGCAAGAAAGCUGGGAAGCCGCCGAAGAAGGAAAAGCAGAAGAGUUCGUCCAAAAAGCGGAAAGGGAAGGAAGGGAGCGAUGAUGAGGAAGAUGAUACUGACCGUCUUCUACGAAUGGCUCAUGCAGCGCUUGAUGAUGAUGUGGAUGAUAUUCCGGAUGAAACCAGUGAUCUUGACGAAGUCUCUGAUGCUGAGGAGAAUGCGAAUGGAAAUGCUAGUGAAAGGACUCGCCGAAAGACUAGGAGUGCCAAGAAUGCUAUGAAUAAGCCCAAUGGUUCUGCGUUUUUGAAAAGGCUGGAUUCGAAGAAACCGAACAGUGAAGAGAAAUCGACCAAAAAGAGUUCUGAAAGGAAGGCAUCAAAAGUGAAGGAAAGUCCUACCCCGUCUGACGAGGACGAAAAAGUUGUCGCCCCAAGAACGAGGCUGUCAAAGAAAGAGAAAGAACUAGAUAAACUGGUCUCUUCCGCUCGGAAGCUUCUAGAGUCAUCUUCUGAUGAAGAAAAUUCUUCGGCUAGCAAUGAUGUCCCGGUGAAAAAAGGAAGUCCACCGAAAAGGAAGAGGCGUUAG